CUUUUCUUUACUGAGCUGAUAUCACAAAAGCAUCUCUGGUGUUGCUUGUCUCGGUGGAGGAGGAGGAAGGAAUUUCAUCUGGACAGGGCUCUCAGCAUUCAGUAUACAUACCGACAUUCGGCCGUAACCGGCGGAGCGGUGACUGCUGAAUGCCGAAGUUGGACGUACACAACCACGGCGGCCAGACUGACAAGAGCUCUCGUCUUCAGGACAUUCAUUGAAUGAGAGAGAGAGAGAGAGAGCCUCCAUUCUAUCGCACUCCUAUGUCAGGACAUCGGUAGUCUACGGCUUGAAAUACUGGAAGACAUGCUACAACAGCGGACAGCGGAGCAAAGCAAACAGCGAAGUACUUUGGACACAGCAGUUACCGCUCCUGCCCCGAGAGCGCUGGGCUCUCCCAUAAAGGCCUCGGCCAACAAACCCGACCAAUCCAUCACAAUUUUAACUUUUCUUCCAAAUCCUACUCUGUAGGUACCCUCAACAUCUCAACCGCGACAGCUUCUUCUCCAGAAGCCACCAUCACAUCCGAAAUUCCAGCCGAGCCCUCUCUGUUGACAAGCCCCGCUUUAUUUUGCCAGCAGCCAAUCACCCCCCACAGCAACCCUUUCCAAACAAUCGCUCUCCAAAAUGCCCGAACCCCCAGAACCAAACACACCCAAACCGCGACCGGUGAACAACAGCAAAACAUCCCAACUAAUGCGGUCCUUCACCCCCAAAGGCGAGCCGCCCGGGUCGGCCCGGCGUCCCUCCGUCUCCAGCAACGGCGCCCCCAGCUUCCGCGCCACCGUUGCCGGCGGCGCCUCAAGACCGACGCUUUCUUCCCAAUCCAGAAUCGCCGCCUUUCGCAACAGCACAACCUCCCAAAACCUCCUCACGGGCGAACCAACAAACGCCCCCAACCCCCGAGCCAGCACCAUGUCACGGCUCAGCGGACCCUCCCCCGCAACGAGCAGAGAAAGUCGCGAAAGCAGCAAAGAGAACCACGAACCUUGCGAGAGCGACGAACAGCGAAAACUAAUCGAGGACCUCAAAGCCGAGGUCGGCACGCUAAAAUACCAAAUCAGCAACUACGAGCAAGAAAAGGAGCUGGCGCGUCUGCAGAUGGAGAAUGAAAUUCGAGACACCAAGCGACGGGCGGAAGACGACUUCAAGGCGAAGCAAGCCGCCGACGCGGAAAAGGGACGCGCCCAGCGGCAGGUUGAGGUUUUGCAGGCGGAACUUGACGAGCUGAGAGCGGAGCAGGAGAGGCAGAAACGGGAGCUGGAGGCCAAGGCUAGGAGCGCGGUGGAUGAGGCAAGGGUGCUGAGGGAGGAGCUUGAGGAUUUGAGUGCGGAGAAGGAUGAGGCGGCAAGGGUGGCGGAGCGGGAGGUUAAUGACCUCCGGGCUAAGCUUGCGGCGUGUCAGCGGGGGAAGAGUGAGUUGGAGGAGGGGAAUAAGGGGAGGGAGGAGAUGCUGGAGAGGGUGCAGGCUGCGUUGGGGGAGAAGGAUGAGAUUAUUGGGGAGCUGGAGGCGCAGGUGCUGAUGCUCAAGGCGCAGACGGGGGACGCGGAGACUAUUGCUGUCAUCAGGAGGGAGCUGUCGGAUCAGGUGACGCAUAUUAGGGCGCUGGAGGCGAAGAAUAGGGAGCAGAUUACCGAGCUCAGGCACUUGCGCCAGGUGCACAAGGCUGUGGAGGUGGUCGAGGAGGAGAAGAGGUCUUUGCAGCGGAAGGUGGAGGCUGCGGUUGGUGUUGAGCGGGAGCUGGCGGAGGAGAGGACGCAGAGGCAGAGGUUGGAGGAUGAGAGGAUGGCUUGGGCGGCGUAUUUGGAGGGUGAGGGGCAGGCUGAGUUUGACUCGCCUGAGGAGGUGGCCAGGGCUCUUGUUGCUGAGCGGCUCAGCUCGGCGAGUUUGCUGGAGAAGAUAGGGUCUCUCCAGCCUGAGGUUGCUGAUCGGGAUAAUAUUAUUAGGUCUCUUGAGGAGGAGAAGGCCGGGCUGCUGGAGCAGAUUGAGAAACUCAAGGCUCCUGGGGGGUCCAGUGGGGGGAACGAUAAGGCUCGUGCCCGUCUGGACAGGCAGCGUGCCCUUGCCGUCAAGGAGGUUGAGUACCUUAGGGCGCAACUCAGGACGUUUGACAUGGAGGAUAUCACCAUGCAGCCUGAGACAGUGGACGAGCAAAAGGCGCAGAGGAUACAGGAGCUGGAGGAUCUGGUUGAUCGGUACAAGACCGAGGUUGCGACGCUUCACGCCGAUUUGACGUCUCUCGAAUCUGCCGCUGUGUCCCCAGUUCAGCCUGUCAUUGGGAGCAAGCGUCCCCGAUCAGACUCUGACGACGCGGAAUCUGAACAUUUGGGGCACCUGGCCAGGAAAAACAGGAAACUCCAGGCUGAGCUUGCCGACGUUCAGCAAACGCUACAUCUUUUACGAAAAGAACACGCCGUCACGGUUGAACAGCUAGCCAAGGCAAAAGAACGGGCCUCGACCCGAGUUUUGUCUCUUAGGUCUAACCCAACAUCCGACUACGAAGCCAUCAAGACAGCCACCUUGGCCGCGUUGAAAGCCGAAAACGCCGAGCUGGUAGCUCACAUACAACGUCAGCCAACACUGUUUUCCACCAUACCCACAUCGCAACUCGCCGCCGCCCAAAGGGAGGUAGCAGAGGCAAAAGCAGAAACCGCCUCGGCGCACAAGAGUUCACGUCGACUGAAGGAGGUGUGGGCGGCAAAGUCGGCAGAGUUCAAAGAGGCUGUUUUUAGCACGCUGGGGUGGACGGUGAGUUUUAUCCCUGGGGGGAAGAUGAGGGUCGAGAGCGUUUACUACCCCUCAAAAACGGACGAGCACGAGAACAGCAUUGUUUUUGAUGGGGAGAAGGGGACGAUGAAGGUUGGUGGUGGGCCGAGGAGCGAGUUUGCGGUGAGGAUUGGGGAUCUGAUCAAAUUCUGGGUGAGGGAGAGGGGGUGCGUGCCGGGGUUUUUGGCGGCUUUGACGUUGGAGUUUUGGGAGGAGAGGCACGGGGGGCAGGAGGAUCACUCUUCUUAGGGAGGGGAGGAUGGGAUGAAGGGGGAGGAGGGGGGUGAUGAGUGGGAGAGGAGGUGGUAUGGAAGGGAGGUGGCGUAGGAUGGGCUUGUUUGUUUGUUUGUUUGUUUCUGUGGGCGAAAAACGGAGUUUUUACAUGGAUCAAGGGUCAAGGGUUUUAAUGAAAUAUGAACAUUGCAUCGCAAAGGACAUAGAUGAAGAGAUAAUCGAGUAUUACACAUUAAACAGAGGCACC